CCAAACGCGAUGUUGGCAUUGACAGCCCUACUAACCAAAAUCUACAUACCCAAAACUUUCCAUAAUCGUUGCUGAAAGAAUAGAGAAUGUCGACGGCCUCUCUUCUUCGGCUUCACCCACUGCCUCCUCGCAAAACCCUAAACCGAUGGCAUGGGCAACCAUCAACAAGCAUCCACAUCCCUCUUCGUCUCCACAGUCUGCCAUCCAUCACAAAUUGCAGCCCCCGCCGGAUGGCAAUUUCAAUGUCAUACCGUGCCACUGUUCCUGCGUCAGAGCGGCUCCUUGCCGGUCUUUCCUACUCCCUCCCCUUCCUCAACUCACUGCACUACGGUCGCUUCCUAUUCGCUCGCUUCCCAUCCCUGGGGAUAGCCUUAGAGCCUCUACUGCCUCUGAUCGGCGCUUACAGGUCUCUGCCUUAUGCGAGCUUCGUGGCAUUCUUCGCCCUCUACCUUGGCGUGGUGAGGAAUCCGGCGUUCGGUAGAUAUGUGAGGUUCAACGCGAUGCAGGCGGUUGUGCUUGACGUGUUACUCGCUCUGCCAGCAUUGCUGCAGAGGAUAUUUGGAGUGCCGGCGAGGGGAGUCGGGUUUCGGCUGCUCGAGGUUUGUUACAAUGUUAUCUUUGUUGUCACCGCGGGAUGCUUUCUUUAUGGUCUUGUGAGCUGUGUACUCGGGAAGACGCCUUACCUUCCGUUGGUAGCCUCAGCGGCUGACCGCCAACUUUAACCAGGAAUUUAGCUGCAGCCUUAGGUUCCUGCAAGUAAGUUUUGGGUGACUUGUUAGUCUCUUUUUCUUCACAGCGUUAGUAUGAGCAUAAGGUGAGAAAUUUGGUUUGUUGGAUUGCUAUAAUUUGAAGGCAUUUUAUUAUGAUCUAUCUUGGCAAAAUUUGCAGUUUAAACUGCCUAU